AAGAAAAUCGAGUUUGCUAACAUCAGAGAUCCGCCAAACUUUCGCGCCGCAACACCUACAUCACAUAUAAGUAUAAACAAUUAAUUUUCACCUACCACAAGUACCUAUGUUUAGUAGUAUUUGGUAACAAAAAUGAAAAAUGUCCAGUACAAACCAUGAAUAUCGAACGUCUUUCGAUGACAAUUUUACAAACAAAAGUGACUCCACCACAUCGUAUCUUGUGAACAGACUUGGACAAAAUGAAACUUUAAUGGAUUACAACGUUUCAGGAGAAUUAACAUCGUCGCCGUUCGGUCCAAAACGGGACAGUUUAGCCGUGGUUAUCCCGAUUACAAUAAUCUACGUGAUCAUAUUUAUUGGCGGGAUUGUCGGCAAUAUAAGCACCUGUUUAGUGGUUGCGAGAAAUAAAAAAAUGCACACGGCAACAAACUAUUACUUGUUCAGUUUGGCAAUUUCGGACUUGUUACUUUUAUUCACGGGACUUCCCCAAGAAGUGUAUUCGAUUUGGUCUAGAUAUCCGUACAUUUUCGGUCACACUUUUUGCAUCAUCCGCGGAUUAUGUUCCGAAACGUCGGCAAACGCUACAGUCUUGACCAUCAUGACGUUCACUGUUGAACGUUACUUGGCGAUAUGCCACCCUUUCUUCUCGCACACAAUUUCCAAGCUUUCCAGAGCGGUGAAAGCGAUAGUGAUUAUAUGGAUUGUGUCAUUUGCUCUGGCGAUACCACAGGCCAUGCAGUUCGGUGUUCAAAACUUUAUCGAAAAUGAUCCGGAAAGUGAAAUGUGUCAAAUUUUGUAUCCGCUAAUGAAAUACUCUUUCGAGGUGUCAACUUUGGUGUUUUUUGUGGCCCCAAUGACACUCAUCACGGUCCUGUACAUUCUGAUCGGACUCAAGUUGAGAAAUUCAAGUUUCGUUAGACGCAAUUCAUCGGAAAAUGAAGAGGGUAGGAUGAUGAAUACAAAUUCUAAAAAAGUCGGAAUUUCUUCACAAAGGCAAGGAAAAUCAACACGUAAAGUUAUCAAAAUGUUAGUUGCCGUGGUGAUUGCCUUCUUCUUGUGUUGGGCACCGUUCCAUAUACAAAGACUGUACACAACGUACGUGUCAAAGUUUCCAGAAAAUUUCAACCGAGAUACUUUACUAAAAGUAUACACAAUCAUAACUUAUCUGAGCGGAAUUUUCUACUACAUUUCCACGGCUAUUAACCCUCUACUUUACAAUAUAUUUUCCUUAAAAUUCAGGGACGCAUUCAAGGAAACAUUUACGAGUUGUUUCAAAACGAAAAAUUUAAAUUGUCAAUCUAUGAAGAACUCGUAUUACGUAAUAUCGAGGAAAAGACAGGGUACAAUACUGUCAACCGUUGAAAUAAGACAACCUGGAAAACUUGCAAAGAAAAGCUCAUGCGAAUUUUCUUCCCUGACUGAUAUCAAAAGUUUCCCGAAUCGAUCUUUGCGUUUAUAAUCCAUAGUUGUAGAAGUACAAACUUCGUACCUGUAACAUUCAUUCUAAAGUACCUACUAUCGUAAGGGCAACGUUAAAUCGUAUUUGCUUUUAGCCUUAUAUUGUUUACUACAAUUAACAAUUGUAGAUUUAUUUAUAGUCACUUUCUUUUAAUGUUGCCCUCGCCCUACAUAACUUUUAAAGUCUGAAAUGUAUUCCUAGUAUAUAAAUGUAACUAGUUA